UCUGGGACUAAUUACAAAGGAAAGGCAACAUGUCUUUCAAUCUCUCAGCGUCUGUUCCUCUGGGUGGAUCAGAGGUCAAGGUAUUGGAGGGUCUGCUCGGUGACCAGCAGUAGGUGAUGGAGUCACUGAGGUGCGAGGUCAGGAGGAAGAAAACGCGCUGUCACACGCAGAUCUGAGUUUUCAGGGUUGCUCUAAAGUAUCUGCAGCCACCGCUAAAGGGGUUUCAACUGCUCCCCCUCUCAAAAUCCAGCACAUCUGUGUCUCAUGCAGGAGCGACGCUGUGCCUUCUGACGGCUUCUCGGUGGGAAAACACGCUUUCAGUUCCAAUAAACGCAUCGCCGUCAACUCACCCGAGAUAAAAAACAUGGACGUAUAAACAAUCCAGCGCGGUUUCAUCUUCAGACGAGUUGCGGAACAGUCUCUUUCGGGGUGUCGUGGGGUUCACAACGCACAAGAGGAGAGACAAAUAUUCCAAAGUGCCUCCACAAGACCUUUCACGCCAGUUGAGCUCCUUCCUCAGCAGAUCAUCUGCAGCUUUUGUCAGUUACUCAGCGACGACCACCGUAGUUUAAGGGCUGAGCAUUGGCCACUGGGCGGCGCUGUUGCACAUUUUGUUAUUGUGUAAUUCACCCACAUUUUUCAGCACAGUACAGAGAAUUGGUUUUAUUUAGUUCAGUUAUUAAGUUAUGAUCUUUUAAUACUACAUUAUGAGCAAUAUUAGCAGCAAUACCAGAGUUCAGUGACGUUUUUUUCCUGAUGUAAAGUAAAGGAUAAGAGCUAAGAAAAGGUAGCAAAUGAAGAUUGAGGGGUUCUAGUGUUAGUCAUUGUAAUAAUAGGACUACUGCAGUGGGAAUACAUCAUGAAGUUGCUUUAGUACACACACAAACAGGAGUCGCUCCUGAAGCAACAGGUGACACUUUGACAGCAUUAAUAACAUUCAUGAGGACUACUUUACGAUGCUGUACGUCAUGACUCCAAAUACAAGCAUGAAAAAAGAAGUAUCAGGACUGUAUCGUUGGUACUACUGUCUUCAUGUAGUUGAGGCAGUUGCUGCCACUGAAGUCAUCAUAAACAAUAUAUGUACAAAAUACAAUACAAAAUAUAUUCAGGAUAAAGCAUCUGUAGUUGAACUUUUAUAAGGAAGCUGCAGGACAAAGUGCUUUUACAUAGGAGAAUAUUCACUCUGAUUCAUUUAUUUUCUUCAACUUAUUCCCUUUAAAGUGCCACAGUGCUUUGAAAAUAAAUGGUGUUCCUCAUUACUUUAUGACACGAUACUGCAUUCAUGUUAUAAGAAGGAGCCCACACAAGCAAAUGGUACUUGUUAAAUGUUUUGAAGUUGGUAGGUCACCGCUGAAAAGCUAUAGACACAUCUUUUAAUAGUAUUAGCUGGGGCUGUACACGAAGAAAAGCCAACAUGAUGACAUUUCAAAUGAAGCCCGACGACCUUUUGAGGCUUCAGACGAAGCCGGUGAUCACCUGCCUGAAGACCUUCCUCAUCUCCUACAGCCUGAUCUUCUGGUUCACAGGCGUGAUCCUGCUGGGAGUCGGGGUGUGGGGGAAGGUCACCCUGGAGCCCUUCCUGUCCCUGGUGUCAGAGGAGACCACCAAUGCACCAUAUGUUCUCAUUGGGACCGGAGCCAUCAUUGUUAUUUUCGGACUCUUCGGUUGCUUCGCCACAUGCCGCGGGAGCCCAUGGAUGCUCAAACUGUACGCCAUGUUCUUGAUGGUGGUGUUCCUGGCUGAGCUGGUGGCCGGGGUGUCUGGAUUCAUCUUCAGACAUGAGAUCAAGGCCAAACUCGGAGAUGCUUUUGAAAAGGCGGUGAUGUCCUACAACAGCACCGACGGAGGCACCAGCCAUGCCGUCGACACCGUGCAGAUGACUCUGCAUUGCUGUGGGAUUAAGAACUACAUGGACUGGAACGUCACGGAACACUUUAAGCAGAAGGGAAUUCCUGCCAGCUGCUGCAAAGUCAGCACCAACUGCUCACCUGAGACCCUGAAAGACCUGGACAAGGCCAAGAGCGAGGUCUACCAACCUGGCUGCUUCUCCCUGGUGACCAACACCAUGGAGAGUAAUCUGGGAAUCAUCGCAGGGAUCUCUUUCGGAAUUGCCUUCUUCCAGGUGAUCGGAAUCUUCCUGGCCUGCUGCUUGUCUCGAUACAUAACCAACAACCAGUACGAGAUGGUCUAACAGCCGCUCUGCUAAAGUGAACGACAGGCAGCUGCUGAAGCAAACAUGGAUAUGGAACCUCCUGUGAUUUUUAAAUGUUAGUGGACAUACUUUUAAACAUAGGCAUUUUUUUAUCUGUCUCGAGUGACCGAAGGGAUGUCUGCAAGAAGGGACCUCAGCAUGGUUUCACCCAAACAGGGCCAGUGUGAGAUGAUGAGGGCAUUUGAAGAAAUGGAAAGCCUUGAUGUUACUGUGUAGAUGCCGCCGCCUUUGCCGUCGAAUGUUUGAUUUCCUGCCUUGAUGGACAGUCUCUGUCUUCUCGUGUAAUUUGUGCCAAACUGGGUCUGAGCAGGUGAAAUGCAAGGGAUUGAGCUGGUAAACGCCAAAGCGGAUUUGUCGUGACGAAUGAGCCUUAAAUGGAAAAUAAGCAACUUUCACAAUUGUCAGUGUUAAAUUGUUGUUUUGUGAUGCAUGGGAAAUAAAGAUGUGUAGUGUCUCGGACUGUGCCGCCUCUGUUAGUCCACUCGUGCUGCAAGAUAUGCAUGUCAUUCUGAGGUUUGUUUACGCUGAUAUCCUAUCAAUGCGCUUGUUUCCUUAUAGUGGCAGUCACGUUUGCUAGCAUGAAAAACGUGCGUGUAAUUGAUAUGAGAAUCUAAGACUAUAUUUUGGGAUAUUUCAGUACAGCCAGAGAAGGGAUUCAAUAAAAAAGUAAACCUGAAUUCAAAAACUCUUGAUAUUUAUCUUCAUGUUUCAUCCUACUUUUGGUUAUGCACAUAGCAUAUUUUCUGCCACGUACAGCCUUCAUGAGGUCACAGCAAAACUAAUAUAUAUACAUAUAUAUAUAUAUAAUCAUAUAUAAUCAGUAUUUCUAUUCCAAUUUCAGGUAUUUAUUCUCUUCUACCUACGCACAAAAGAAUUUAAUGUGCAUUGCAUAUUUUAACAGUAUCUCUUGUCCUUCAAAAUGAAAUAAAAAAUACCUUGUAAUGAACAUGUCUCACCCACAUUUGUGUUACUAGGGU